CUCGGCUUCUCGCCACCGGCCCACGCCUCUCUCCUCUCCCUUCCUCCCAACCCCCACCCGCCGCCGCCGCCGCCGCCGCUCGAUUCCAACGUCUCAACCCUGACCUAGCGCCGCCGGCCAGCCGCUCGCCGCCUCCUCCGCGCCCUCACCUCACAGUUCCCACCCGUGCGCCUUUCCACGGGCUAGGGCGCCUGCGGCGCGGCGGAACAGCAGCCGCAGCAGCAGCAGGAGGAGGAGGAGGCCAUGAAGCUUGACGUGAACGCGCUCCGCUACCUCUCCAAGGAUGACUUCCGCGUCCUCACCGCCGUCGAGAUGGGCAUGCGUAACCACGAGAUCGUUCCUGCCGAGCUCGUCGACCGCAUCGCCGGAUUGAAGCACGGAGGCACAUAUAAAGUGCUGCGGAAUUUGUUGAAGAACAAAUUGGUGCAUCAUGAUGCUACUAAAUAUGAUGGUUAUCGGCUCACAUAUCUUGGGUAUGAUUUCCUCGCCAUCAAAACCUUGGUUAAUCGUGGAGUAUUUGCUUCAGUUGGUCGGCAAAUUGGUGUUGGAAAGGAGUCAGACAUCUUUGAGGUUGCCACAGAGGAUGGUACCGUUUUGGCCAUGAAGCUUCAUAGGUUGGGUAGGACAUCUUUUAGGGCUGUGAAAUCCAAGCGUGACUAUUUGGCACACCGGAGGAGCUUUAAUUGGUUAUACCUGUCACGACUAGCGGCCCUAAAGGAAUUUGCUUUUAUGAAGGCUUUAGGAGACCAUGGAUUUCCAGUUCCCACUGCUGUUGACUGCAACCGGCAUUGUGUGAUCAUGUCACUUGUGCAGGGAUAUCCACUCGUUCAAGUAAAAGAGUUACAAAAUCCAGACGAUGUUUUUGACACAAUUCUUGGCCUUGUUGUUCGUUUGGCGGAGCAUGGGCUGAUACAUUGUGAUUUUAACGAGUUCAAUAUCAUGAUUGAUGAUGAUGAGAAAGUUACAAUGAUUGACUUCCCGCAGAUGGUAUCUGUUAAACAUCGGAAUGCCCAGAUGUUUUUUGAUCGAGAUAUUGAAUGCAUCUACAAAUUCUUUAGGAAGAGGUUUCAUCUUUCCUCAGAGAAAUGUGAAGAACAGGAUGGGUCAGACAUUGAUGAUGAUGAGAAUAGCAGGCCAUCCUUUCUGUCUAUACAAAAGGCUGCUGGUUCAUUGGACAAGGAGCUAGCUGCCAGUGGUUUCACCCGAAAAGAGCAAGUUGAGAUGGACAAGUACAUUGACCAAAAUGCUGAAGAAGAGAGCUCAGAUGAUGAUUCAACAUCAGAACAAGAUAAUGAGGAUGGUGAUGAUGUGGCUGUUAAAAUCGGUUCCUUAAAAAUAGCAGAGCAGGAUUCUGCUGAGGUGCCUGAUUGCACUCUUGCUUCAAAAGAUUCAAAUGAACCUGAAACUUUUGCCAAAGAGAACGAAACGAGCACAAGUUGCAGUGGUGAGAACAACUCAAUAAAUCCAUCCCCUUCUAGCAAUGGGGACGCUAAGGAGCCAACUGAAUCACAAGACAACGAUGAUAGUGACGAUGACUCAUCAGAUGAUCCUGAUGGCGAGGAUGAUGAUGCUUUGGCAAAGCAACUGAACAAGCAAAGGAAGAGGGCAAUUGCUGCCGCGCAUGGGCGGAGAAGGCCUAUCUCCUCAAGGAAUGCAUACAAGUACAAGGGAAAGGGCACCAUGAAUUCCAAAAUCGAGAGGCAGGCAUGCAAAUGGUGAUUGUUGUACGAGUCAUUUAUAGCAGGAAUACUUGAGAUAAGUCGAGCUUACGUUUUGUACGGCUGUAAGAACUGAUGACUGUUAUAUGGAACGAGCAUUAUGUGUGUUCUUCACAGUUUUGGUCGUAAGAGUGAUGCUUCGUCCAUUAUUAGCCUGUCGAAUAGUUAACAGUUAAAGCGCCAUUUACUCUAUAUGCAUCAUCUGAUGAGUGUUGUUGCUUGCUGCUGGACAGCCUGAAUUGAAGCAAAGUUCAGUUUUUUUGUGCC